AUGCGUAAUGUCUGUUUCACUCCACGUGCACUUGUUUGGGGAAAGAUGGCGGCUCCCACUAGCGAGAUUGAAGUGCUUACUGCGAAAAAACCUAAUGUGCGAGGACCGAGGAGAGUGGCAAACCAGAUUCCUGAUGAGAUCCUCAAAGAUCCAGAGCUCAACGAGGCAAUUAAGGCUUUGCCAGCGAAUUACAAUUUUGAGAUCCACAAAACAAUAUGGAGGGUGCGACAAGCCAAAGCCAAGAGGGUGGCCUUGCAGUUGCCCGAGGGUCUGCAGAUGUUUGCCUGUGCGAUCGCUGACAUCAUUGAGAGAUUCACAGAGGCAGACACUUUGGUGAUGGGAGAUGUGACAUAUGGGGCCUGCUGCGUGGACGACUUUACUGCGCGUGCUUUGGGAGCCGACUUCAUGGUGCAUUAUGGGCACAGUUGUCUCAUCCCCAUAGACUCGACUGAGGGCAUCAAGAUGCUGUACGUGUUUGUGGACAUCCAGAUCGACACUGCCCACUUCCUGGACACACUCAGGUUUAACUUCCCUCCUGGCCAUUCGCUCGCCCUCGUCAGCACCAUCCAGUUUGUGGCUGCUUUGCAGGCAGCCAGUGCAGAGCUGAAGCCAGAUUACGAAGUGUUAGUACCUCAGUGUCGGCCGCUCUCUCCUGGGGAGAUCCUCGGGUGCACCUCACCUCGCCUGGAGAAGCAUGUGAAUGCCGUCAUCUAUCUUGGGGAUGGAAGGUUUCAUUUGGAAUCCAUCAUGAUUGCCAACCCAGAGAUACCUGCCUACAGGUAUGACCCAUACAGUAAAGUGUUUUCUCGAGAGUAUUAUGACCAUGAGGCAAUGCGGGCCACGAGACUGCAGGCUAUAGAGAGAGCUCGCUCGGCCCAGAGAUGGGGCCUCAUCCUAGGCACCCUUGGCCGUCAGGGCAACCCCAAAAUUUUGGAGCACUUAGAGUCUCAGUUGGAGUCUUUGGGCCGUUCGUUCACGCGUGUGCUCCUGUCUGAGAUCUUCCCCAGCAAGCUGGAGCUCCUGGCAGACGUGGACGCGUGGGUGCAGAUCGCUUGUCCUCGCCUCUCCAUCGACUGGGGAACAGCUUUUUCCAAACCCCUGCUGUCUCCAUAUGAGGCAGCAGUAGCACUGCAGCAGGUGGGAUGGCAGGAAGUGUAUCCUAUGGACUUCUAUUCCAAUCAGAGCCUGGGGGCUUGGACUCCUAAUCACCCAGACAACCAACCAAAAAGACCUUCACGCAAACCCACCCAGAAGGCGGGUUCAGAUGCCGGUCAGCAGGUGAGGAGCUGUGGCCGUGAGCAGAGCGCCUCCUGUGGUUGCCAGGCGGAAUAAACGCAGCCCUCAGCACGGCCAACCACAGAUCAUCGUGGACAUCUGCAGGAGACAAGCAAGCCAAUCGGAUCUCACUAUUGACAUCAAAGCUCUGUCUCCACAACGCACUUCUUCAAAUCAGCACUCUGUUGACAUGCACUAUGAGUGAGAGACGAGGGAAAAAACGCAAGUGAGAGGGAGAAUGAAUAAGUCUGUGUGAGAGGAACACAAAAAUAUGUAUGUUUCUAUUUGACAUGUCGCUGGUGUGUGAGAAAGAGAUAAUUUGUUGAAAAGAGCGCUGACCCUGAAAGCACAGUGUUUCGUCUUACGGCGUGUGGGUGGUUUUAGUUAAACGUAAUCAUCUUGUCUCUCACUUAGAAAGGAGCUGCCAGCCACUUUGCAUUGGUGACCUUCAUCCUUUCAAAGUUACAGCGGGAAACAAGAGCGCGUUCAGAAUUAUUCCUCUGCAAUGAAAGAUAAUACUCGUUCUAAAUUCCGACCCUGGCUUUUAUAUUUCUCAUUAUGUCGGGUCGAGUAGUUCUCCGACAUAAAGGAGCUCUUUGAAUGUUUUGUAAAGGAUGCGUUUUAGUUACAUGCAAAAUAAAAUAAAAUGAUUUGUUUACAA